UUGGGCUCAAGUUUUUUUUGCUCAGCUUCCUUCACGCGGAAAGUGGUUUUCUGGACCUCCGAAGGAGGUUUGACUGGUUUUCGGACCCGCGUGCACGUGGGGCGGCAUCGAGCCGCCCGGCGGCAUCCCUGCGGAUGGCCGUCGUUCCAAGAACCUGGCCGCAGGGGUUGAAUGCUGCAGAACGAAUCAAGGCUGAAAUGGAGCGGAGAGACAACCCAGACCCAGAUGAUCCAGAUGAAGAGGAGGCUUUUGAUGACCUCCUGUGGCGCCAGAAUGUCACAGACUUGCAUAGAGUCAUGGAGGUGGCGAAGUCUCUUUGGCUGCUUCUGGAGCACAGCAAUGAGGCCAUGGUGCGGGUUGCUCUAGAGAUUGCAAUAGAUGGCACCUACAAGAAGGUGCUUUGGUGGCCAGACUUUUGGUUUUCAGACCAAGACAAACGUGAGUAUUUCAAGGAGAUCGUCAGGAUCAAGCUUGCCAUCGCCAUCGCAAAUGCGAAGGGCUCGGCAGUGGAUCUCUCUCAGUUUCGGAAGAGUGAUGAGGAAAGUGCAUUAGUGGCCAACUUGCGCAAACAGAUUGCAGAGCUCGAGGCUGCAUUGCGAGAUGCCCGAGCAGGGCAAGAGGCAGCAGAAGCUCGCAUCCGAGAGCUGGAGGCUGCAGCCAAAGAGGCUGAAGAGCGGAUGGCUGAGAUGGAAAAAUCCUUGGAGCAGCUCCGGAAGGAGGUGAAAGAAUACCGGAAUUCCAUGGCAAAUCAAAAACCAUCGGCUUCGCAGGAAGAGCUUGAAAGCUUGAAGCAACAGCUGAAGCUCAGUGAAGAGAAGGUUGCCCAGCUAGAAGAAAUGAUUGCACAGCUUAGAAAACAACUCCAGGAAGCCGUCACAAAGGGUGGCGACUCGGAAAAACUCAAAUCGGAGCUGCAGAUCGCAAAAAGACGAAUAGAAGAACUUGAAGAAAAACUCAUGGAGGCUCAAAAGGAAUUAGCGCUGCUAAAGCGACAGAAAGGGGCAGCCACAGUCACGUCUCAAGUGAAGAGUGGGGAUGAUGAUACCAUUCGCAAACUGAGGGAAGAGCUUGAGGAAGAGCGGAAAAGGCGAGAGGAAGUAGAAGAGUUGUUGAGAAAAGCUCAGGAGGAAAUGGACAAACUCAAGAAAGACAUUGAAGCAGAAAGGAAGAAGUCCUUGGAUCUCAGCAACCAGCUGAAGCGCUUUCAAGAAAACACCGAUGGGAAGAAAGAGACCAUCACCGAGGUCAAACAGGUCGCUGUUCCUGGCGGCUUGAGUGAAGAUCAGUUACGGGAAUUGGAAGAACUACGCCAGGAGCUUGAAAAACUCAAGGCCAAGCUCAAGAAGCGAGAUCAACAAAUUGCAUCUUUGCAAGAGGACAAUGACAAGUUGAACGACGAACAAGUUCGCUUGUUGAAGCUCCUGAAGCAGGUUCGAGAGCAGCUUCGAAUCCUUAUGGAACUCGCAGAGAAGAAGGGUUUAGGUGAUGUGAUCAAGAAACUUUUUGAAGAAGCUGGUUUGGGGAAAACCAUGGCGGAUCCCGACUACACAUGCUUUGAUCGGCUGUAUGAUGAUGCUCUCAGGCGAAUGGACAAACAGCGUCGGCUGGAGUGGUACCGCUUGGGGAACACCGGAGAGCCUCCGCCCUGGUUCAAGGCCAAGCAUUCGACGAGGCGACCACAUCCAAGGCAAGAGAGGUGGAUCCAUGAGUCCUGUUUACUGCAGGAACUGCGGUUCUGCCGUCAAGCUCCCCGGAUCUUUGCCAGCCACUCGAUCGCCCUCGCCCUAUGAGCGCUUUGACAGUGCAGCCUCGACGUAUUACCAACCGGGAAAUACCUUGCAGAACUCCUACAGUAGUGAGUCCUUGCAUUCACACCGGUCUCUCAGUCCGCAUUCCCGGUCUUUUUCACCGAACGCCUUUGACCUGAGAAUUCAGAACGUUCGACCAGCGGGGGGGUGGCCAUGUCGCAUUGUCUGUGGCCACAUGGGGAGAUCCAAGCACAGCUUUGGGCCAUGCACCACAUGCGCCGCAUGCGCAAACCUUUCACUUGUCCAACACCAAGCCAACGUUGAAGCGAAGCAGGUCCCCCGAGAUGAGGCGCCGGCCAAGUGAGAGAAAUCUGCCACCCUUGCGCGCAGCACCUGCGGGGCCUGCGCAUGGUUCUCAUCGGAUGAUGAGCUCCGCCAGUGCCACCGAGUUGCGCUACUCCCCGGGCCUUCAAGGCCUUCAGGGGCUUCAGGGGCAGAGCUUUGGUGGGAAGUUGCGAGGAGCCAUGGUGGUCCAAGAGCCUCCUCCAUUCCGCCCGGGAGAAGCGCUGCCCGCCCGCAAGAUCCUCUACCGAGACGAUGGUCGAAAACAGUUGCUGCGGGGCAUCGACAAGUUGGCCGAGACCGUGGCGGUGACCCUGGGUCCUCGCGGUCGCAACGUGCUCUUGGACAAGGGUGACUACUCAGCACCACAGAUCGUCAACGAUGGUGUGACGAUCGCCAAGGAAAUAGAGCUUGAGGAUCAAGUCGAGAACACAGGUGUGCAGCUGAUUCGACAGGCCUCCGCCAAGACCAACGAUGUGGCGGGCGAUGGGACCACGACCGCCACCAUUUUGGCACAUGCCAUGGUGAAGAGCGGGAUGAAACAAUUGGUGGGAGGAGCCAAUCCAGUGCAAAUCAAGCUGGGGAUGGAGAAGGCUGCGAGCUACGUGGUGAAGCGGAUCGAAGAGAUUGCCGUGUCGGUGAGCGAUACGGACAUGGAAAAGAUCAAGCAGGUAGGCUCCAUCUCGGCCGGGGGCGACGAUGAGGCUGGGCAAAUGAUUGCGGAUGCCAUGGAGAAGGUCGGUGGCAGCGGCGUCAUCUCUUUGGAAGAGUCCCAAUCCACCGACACCGAAGUGGAGCUCACCGAGGGAAUGAACUUGGACAAGGGCUAUUUGUCUCCCUACCUUUGCCUGGAUGCUGCCAACCCCUCGCGAAGAGUUUGGGAGUCGAACGGGCCCUUGGUUCUGGUGACUGACCAGAAGAUCUCCAUGGCUCAGCAGGAGCUGAUUCCGAUCCUCACCAUCGCCAAACAGAUGUCAAAGCCACUUCUGAUCAUUGCAGAGUCCAUCGAAAAGGAGGUCCUGGCAACUCUCAUUGUGAACAAGAUCCGGGGCAUUGUUGACUGCUGUGCCGUGCAAGCACCUGGCUUCGGUGACAACAGGAAGGCCAUUCUGCAGGACAUUGCCCUGGUGACCAGUGCCACGUACAUCACCGAUGAUCUCGGAAGGAAGCUGGACAGCGUGACGGCCGAAGACUUUGGCACUGCCAGACGAAUCACUGUGGGAAAGGACUCCACCACCAUCGUGGCUGAUGCUCCAAAGGACCAGUUAGAGGAGCGGUGUGCACAGAUCCAAAGGCAGAUCGAAGACACCAAGAGCUCCUAUACCAAGGAGCAGCUGGAGAAGAGACUUGCCAAGCUCGUAGGUGGAGUGGCCUUGAUCAAGGUUGGCGCCACGACAGAGACAGAGCUGAAGGACAAGAAGCUGCGGCUGGAGGAUGCCAUCAACGCCACCAAGGCCGCAGUGGACGAGGGCAUUGUGCCUGGCGGCGGCGCUGCGCUGUGCCACUUGUCCAAGGACCUGCGGAAGUGGUCUGCGGAGAAUCUCACUGAGGAUCAGCUGAAGGGCGCGCUGAUCGUGGCGGACUCGAUGAGUUCCCCGAUGAAGCGCAUCGCCGCCAACUCCGGCCAGAAUGGGGAGCUCGUGGCCGAAAAGGUGAUCGCGGCGGAGUCAACCAACCAAGGAUUUGAUGCUCUCGUGUUGGAAUAUGCCGACAUGCUGGAGCGCGGCAUCAUCGACCCUGCGAAGGUAGCGAGAUCUGCCCUGCAGAAUGCCACAUCCAUCGCGUCCAUGAUUUUGACCACUGAGUGUGUGGUGGUGGAUGCUGACGGCAAAGACGAAGAAGACGACGACGGUGAGGAAGACUUCGACGAUUAUUGA